AUGAUAAAUGGAGGUUCCAUGGAGUCGCGUGGGCACGUAAGCCAGGCCCUGCCUACCAAAUACCGCGCUGACUAUAAAAGCUGUUCGCAGUCACUCCCGCUUGAUAUUCUAUGGUUACCUCGUUCGGCGUUUCGACCAGCAGACGGCGAUCUGGCGGACUGUGUUCUUGUGGUGGGAGUGUCGCGGCCGAAGUUAGCCGCGGCCCUCCUAUCCGUCACUCUGCUUUCUCUCUUUCUCACAUUCCACGUAUUAUAUGACAGUGCACUGUAUAGUAUUCAGGCCGCAAGUAUUGCUUCAGCCGCCAGCGAAGGUCGAAAAAUAUUACAAAAUCAAGAGAGCAGUCGGACAAUAAGCCAUCCUAUGGCUUUAAGGAAACGGUUGAAAAUUCCGCGGGCGCCUCGACCCGUUCGUAGACUACCCCAGGCCCUUAUUAUCGGAGUGCGCAAAUGCGGAACGCGUGCAUUACUUGAAAUGCUUUACCUCCAUCCGAUGGUGCAGAAAGCUUCAGGGGAGGUACAUUUCUUCGAUCGUGACGAGAAUUACGCUCUGGGUCUCGAAUGGUACAGGAGUAAGAUGCCUCUGUCCUUCAAGGGACAGAUAACGAUUGAAAAAAGCCCGAGCUAUUUUGUUACUCCGGAGGUCCCAGAGCGCGUUCGAGCGAUGAACUCAUCCGUACGUCUCUUACUGAUAGUCCGAGAGCCAGUCACUCGGGCAAUAUCUGAUUACACUCAACUGCGAAGUCGCGCGACGCCUUCUGCGCCAGCCUUAUUCUCUCCGGGCCAUCCUCUACCGGACGCCGCGAAACCAUUCGAGCAUCUCGCUAUAACACCGGAUGGAGCUAUUAAUGUUGCUUACAGGCCCAUUGCAAUAUCUCUUUACCACGCGUACUUACACCGAUGGCUGGAGGUAUUCCCUCGUGAGCAAAUCUUGGUUGUGAAUGGCGAUCAGCUGAUUGAAGAUCCUGUACCUCAACUUCGACGGAUCGAAAAAUUCUUGGGCCUUGAGCAUAAAAUAGGUAGAAAAAACUUCUAUUUUAACGAAACAAAAGGGUUCUACUGCCUACGAAAUGAUACGACGGACAAAUGCCUUCGUGAGACAAAGGGCAGAAAGCACCCAAGGGUGGACCCAGCUGUUGUCACGAAGCUUCGAAAAUUCUUCGUUCAACAUAAUCAAAGGUUUUAUGACCUCGUGGGCGAAGAUCUGGGAUGGCCCGAAGAUUAA